AUCUGGAUCCUGCAUGUGUGAUGGACUCCUGUUAUUGCUCCAAAGUCUCAGCUUCAGGCUCCAUGCAGCUGCAGAGAUCUCAGCGUAUCUGCCAGCAGCUGAUCACCGAUGCCGCCGCUGGCCUCAGUUUCUCCCCGGACGCACUGGAAGACCCCACGACAGACAAAGCCUCCUACAACCAGGCCGACUUCCAUCAGCUGUUCAAGCCUAGUGGAGCCCUGAAACCGUCCCCAAAGAGGAAGACAAAAGAGAGGAGUCUUUGUAGACCGGCUCCGAGGCCUCCAGUGCGAGUCAGAGAUUUCCUUCCUGUAGUGAAGUCGGAGGAUCAGGCAGUUCUUCAGCAGCAGACGGUGGAUAUUCUGCAGGACUCCCGGAGUAGAACCAGGCUGACGGACAAACCUGUUCACCAUGCAACUCAUAGAAACCAGGACCAGAUCUGCUUGAAUAAGUUAUUUAAAUACCAAAAGCUAACUAGCUCAGAGUUGAUUGCCACACACCCCGACAGGAAGAUCCUGAAGACAGACCUGAGUGUCCCUGAAGACCCGGAGGUCCAGACAGCAAUCUCCAACAGCUGCCCGUCCACAGCUGUCAGCAGACCACCAUCCCCAGCAGAUCCUGCAGGUCCAGAUGUUGAUGGCUGGCUGGCUGCUCAGUGUGCAGCUCCGGAUGGAGACCAGCAUCUCAGAGUCAUCCAGAGACUGUUAGCCCAACUCUGCACCACUGACCAGCAGGAGGAGCCGGAUCCACCCAUCGAAGCCCAGCUGGUCGUUCCACUGCUCAUCUUCCUCUUAGCCAGACGGUCACAGACUCUAGUCCGCUCCCUGUUGGCCGAGCAGCUGAACAGCCUUGAGUGGACAAUCAGACUGAUGUCCUGCAACACUCUCUGCAGCCUCACCAUUAAUAAGGACGUCAUGCACAAGCUGCUCCACGUGAUGUUGAGCGACCACAGAACUGUCCGACACGCUGCCGCAGACACGCUGAUGAAGCUGGGGAAGAUUCACCAGGUUCACACUGAAUUGAGGUUGAAGCUGGAGGAGGGGCAGGGUGUCCCCGGCAGGAAGGAGGCUCUGGAUAUAAUCUGCCACCUGAAGAUAAAGACGGCGACGCUGCAGGAGCCAGUGGUCCGCUGCCUCGGUGACAAGCUCACCGCCCUCCGGAAACAGGCCUGUCAGACGGCUGCAUCUAUGCUGCUGAAGGAGGACACGGUGGUGAGUCGUCUGCUGCAGCUGGUGGAAAACGACACCGCUGCAGAGGUUCGACUGUCAGCCAUCAGAGCGGUGGGUGCGUUGGGUUUGUCCUCCCCAGACGUGCAGGAGACUCUGAUGCACUGCGUGGAGACAGAGGAGGAGGCCGAGCUGCGUGCGGAGGCCUGCAGGAUGCUGCAGAGCUCAGGGGUUUCUUCCUACCAGCUGCAGGACUUCCUGCUGCAGCGGCUCCACUCCGAGUGCGAUCUGCUGGUUUGCAGGACGAUGAGGGAGUUGCUGGAGCUCUGUGACUGCAGCCAGCUGGAGAACUUCCACUACACACAGUACAUCAGCAAGGAGGUGAAGCGACUGUGUGAUUGGAGAGUGAUCACAGGGAAGCUGCUGCUGCUGGAGAAGCUGCGGGCUGAAGAACGAGACAUCAGUCCCAGGAAGUUAGCCCGGCGGCUGAGUCAGCAGAUCAAGUUCAACGAGGCAGAUGAUCGGUGUUGAUGACAGGAGCUGACUGUGUUUCUGUUUUACGCUUAUUUAGUUUUGUAUGUUCAAU